UGCUGUUUGUUUAUUUAUCUUAUGAACAUUUAUUCUCAAAUAUUUUCCAAUGUUAAUGAAGAAAGAAAAGAAAUGAUAAUGACAGCAUAUAAUAACAACGAUAACAACGAUGAAUUUACUACCUAUGAAUAUCAUGUUCAAGUAAUCGAAACGGAUGCAUCAAUACGAUGUGGCCUUAAACCAUUCACCAUAUAUCAAUUGAUUAUUGAAACAAAUCGAUUACAAUUGAUGAAAAAUGAUCAUAAUAAUCAUACGAUUUUAUUUGAAUGGCCAUAUAAAUAUGUAAGACGUUAUGGUUAUACAAGUAAUAGUAUAUCAUUUGAAGCCGGAUCUAAAUGUCAGACUGGUGAAGGAUUAUUUAUAUUUCGUAAUAAAAAAUCCAAAAUUUUAUACAAUCAAAUUACCAACAAUAUUGAUAAGAUCAAACGACAAAAAAAAUCAUUGUUGAUUGUUGAUGAGGAUGUUAUUGUUGUUGAUGAUGAUGAUCGAAGAAAAUCCAAUCUAAUUGAACAAAAACAAGAACAAAUACCACAUCUAAUAAUAAAUGAUUGUCCAUAUGCACAGUUUAGAAUUUACGAACAUUGUUAGGCCCUGCAAAUAUUC